AUCAGAGAAACAUCACAGCAGAACCUGGACAGACCGUCAUUCUGCCAUGUAAAUCUGCUGAGGAUAAACCUGCUAAAGCUGCGGAGUGGUGGAGAUCUGAUCUGGAGUCAGAAUAUCUUAUUCUGUCCAGAGAUAAUUGGAAUGAUGAAGUAAACAAGCGUCUUUCCUAUGAGAACCGAGUGGAUCUGCAGUACAGACAGAUGAAGGAUGGAGACGCGUCUUUGGUUCUGAAGAACCUGACGACUGAAGAUACUGGAUCAUAUAAAUGUAAAGUCCAGAAUCAAGGAAGCCAUGAGAGAAAGCUUAUCACCACCAUCCAGCUUCAGGUUUCUCCUCCAGGAAGCAAGGAUGAGGAGAGCAAGAUUGAAGGAAACAUUGUCGUAAUCACAGUUCUGGUCAUAAUUGCUCUUGUUGCUGGCGUUUUCAAUCUGUAAAAACAGGAUCAGAGAUCAUCCAGCUGAUGUAGAUGUAGAGUGAAUGCCUGAGAUCUGUGGACAUCAUUUGCAUCUUAUUUAUUAUACCUGCUGAUUGUUUUCUUUUCUAUAAAAUGCUGUGCUAAUAAG